GUUCAAGUUCCAGUUUUUUCCCGACUGACUAUUUUACACUGGAGCAACGUCGUCGUGGUGCACUUUUUCUGCAUUUCUUUGGUCUCAUUUAUAUGUUUAUCGCCAUUUCCAUCGUUUCCGAUGAAUUUUUCGUCCCCUCACUUAGUGUAAUUAUAGUGAAGCUAUCAAUAUCGAGCGAUGUUGCUGGUGCUACAUUUCUGGCUGCCGGUGGUUCUGCGCCUGAAUUUUUUGCCAGUUUAUUUGGUGUUUUUAUUACUCAGAAUAAUGUCGGCAUUGGGACCAUUGUUGGCAGUGCCACAUUCAAUAUUCUAUGUGUAUUGGCAUUCUGUACAUUCUUCUCACUAGAAAUACUUAAAAUUACUUGGUGGCCCAUGCUCAGAGAUAUUUUUUUCUACAUAUUAGCAUUGUUUUUACUUGUAUUGUUUUUCCUGGACGAAGAAAUUCAGUGGUACGAAGCGAUGUCACUCUUCAUUAUUUAUAUUAUUUAUGGUGUUGUUAUGAGUUAUAACAGACAGCUGCAAAAAAUUUUUAAACUUAUCCUGUACAAAACGUCGCAGCAUUUAUGGUUUCCACUUCUGAAUAAUAUAUCAAUACAAGAAGCAACACCUUCACCAUCUAUCAUUGCUGUGAAGCAAAUGAAAUCAAUUUCGAUGCAAAAUAGGGCUGCAGUGGCGAAAGUUUCCCACUCUGUAAAAGAUUCAAAUGAAUUCACUAAAAUGACAACAGCAAUAUUGCAUAAUGUGACGCAAAAAAAUUGUCAAAAUAAAAUCUCAAAUGCUAUGCCUGAGCUUCCCGGAUCGAUAACAGAAUUGAUGAAUGAAACAAAUUGUGAAAUAACUCGACAAAUCCCUAGAUAUUCUGAAAAAGUUGUUGUAUAUGAGACGUGCGCAGUAUUGAAAGAAAGCGCUAAUAAGUCGGAAAUACCGAUUAACAUCUCGUGGCCAUCUUCCACUAAAGCACGGUUAUCUUAUCUGUUUUUGGCGCCAAUUAUGCUUCCACUUUAUUACACACUUCCAGAUUCGAGAAAUUCCUCAUCCAGGAAGUAUUUUGUGAUAACUUUCAUGGGAUCAAUUUUAUGGAUUGGUUUUUUCUCAUAUUUGAUGGUUUGGUGGGCAAAGGUAAUCGGUGAAACAUUAAAUGUACCGGAUGAGAUAAUGGGUUUGACGGUGUUAGCUGCUGGCACAAGCGUAUCUGAUCUCAUUUCCAGUGUAAUCGUUGCUCGUAAAGGACUUGGUGACAUGGCUGUGUCAAGCUCCAUAGGAAGCAAUCUUUUCGACAUUUGUGUCGGAUUGCCAAUUCCUUGGUUGUUGCAAUUCGCAAUUCGUUGGCUGACCAGGCCAUCAUCAAAUUCCCGUUUGGGCACUAUACCCGUCGUUUCAAAAGGCCUUAUCUGUUCUGUUGGUCUUUUGUUUCUGAUGCUGAUUGUCUUAAUAGUUGCUGUGAAAAUCUGUCGAUGGGAAAUGAAUAAAAUAUUCGGAAUAGUGAUGAUUAUUGCUUAUCUAGCAUUUUGUUCACUUAGUGUGUUAAUAGAAUUAGGCUAUGUCAUUUGUCCACUCGCUAUUGCUUGUAAGUAA